GUGCAGCUUUAGCAAAAGCGCUACAGUUCAGCAAUCUACUCGAAGGUAUGGCGGAACUCCAAAGCCAGGUGAAGUUGUGCAUCAACAGCACAGAUGACUUCUUGGCUUCUUCAGCAGAAGUCCAGGAACAAAACAGUGAUAGUUUUGUUGGCAACACUUAUCGCGUGUUUCUUGAGCGUACGUGGUAUGAACUUCCCCUUCAUAAUGUAGACGGUUCUGCACUUGCAACAGUAUCGUGCAUGUCCUUGUGGGAGCUUUUAAACGAGUACACGAGCAUUUGCAACCCAUUAGAAGCAUCCAAGAAAGCUUUUGCGGUUCAAGCGCUGACAGCAAUGUAUCCAAAGUCGAAAGAUCGCCGCUACAUGUUCCAGCAAUUAAAUUGUUGCGGAAAUAAUGCGCAAACGGCAGUGCCGUUGUAUGUGCAUAUUCCGCUUGAGACUUCCAUGCCCGCAAUUCCAGAGAAUGAUGCCCACCGAGAUUACGUUACUACCGUACAGGCAAUUACGAAAAUUGCCCGAUUGGGAAGCUUCCGUGAUGGGAAAGAAACAUCCACUGUUUCUGCAUUAAUCCGAGGUUUUGUCACCGCAAUACUGCCGAAGUGCACACUCGUUGAUGCAUCGAAUCUGCAGUCUUCAUCACAGAGUAAUGGGAUUUGUAUUUGUUUGUGCGACUCGAGCAACGCGUGGAAUUCCGGUGUUUAUUUCCUUAUGUCGUUGUGGAGCUCUUUAUUUGUAGGAGAGUACCUUAAUCUUGUGGAGUUCAAAGAGCUAGUUACAUUUCUGCGUUCAUCGCGUUGGUCGUCUCAAACUGUGAGGUUUGGCAGACAGAAGAUGUCCUAUUCAAAAAUCCUUUCUCCGCUAACGGAUAUUAGCGCUUUGUGUGUUUCACUUAACCCACGCUCUCCGUCAGCGUCGGUGGACACAGUUCCACUCAUCGAUCCCCGAAUUGUUCAACUAUUAUGUGGUAAGGGAUACAAAACUUUUUCGAGCCAGGCAGAUACAUUAACAAACACCAGUGUACAACAUUAUAUAACUGAGAUUAAUUCUUCUUUGGUAGAAAAAACGGCUGAACAUGUAAAAGAACAGCUUAACGAGACUAUACCCAAUGAAAUCGAUUUAUUGGGAUUUAGUUCGACGUGUCGCGAUUUUGAUCAACUUGCAUAUCUCUGUCGCGAUCUCCUUUUCUUGCCGUCGAUAGAGUGCUUGACAUCAAGAAAAAAACUACAAGCACGGCGUCGCGACUUACUGUUUAAUCGAAAACGAGGACGGAGAGAGAACGAUUUGGACGGACCAUGCUUUAUUCCUGUCAAUGCUGGUCUUUCUCACGUCAUGGAAAAGAAGAGCUCUGGGUCGCAAGUCGCUUUAGAGCGUCUGUGCAGUAAAUGGAAGAAAGAGUAA